CAGCCACCCCACCUUCCUCUGAGGGCUCCCUCCCCCUCAGAAAGUAUGCCACUCCAGACACAAACUGACAUCACCAAGCCCCUGCUGGGCUCCACAGGGGGGGUUGUAGGUGCUGGUUGCAGGUGGUGGAGGAAAAGAAGCUGGAGGGCCCAAUGCCUCUUCGAAGGAGGCGCAGAGUCCCUCUCCAAAGACGGACGAAGCAAUGUACGCAUCGAGCAUGUUAGCGGACGUGGAGCGCUGUACCUCCGGGAUCUCUGGACAACUUUUCUAGACAUGCAAUGGCGCUACAAGUUCUUCCUCUUCUCUGCUACCUUUGCUGGGACUUGGUUCGUUUUUGGAGUGCUUUGGUACCUGGUGGCAAUGGUGCAUGGAGAUCUGCUGGAGUUUGACCCCCCCUCCAACCAUACUCCAUGUGUAAUGGAGGUGAAGACCUUGACAGGAGCCUUCCUCUUCUCUCUGGAGUCCCAAACCACCAUUGGCUACGGUUUCCGGUGCAUCACCGAGGAGUGUCCUGCCGCCAUUGUGCUGCUCAUAUUCCAGUUGGUUAUCACCAUGGUGAUGGAGAUCUUCAUCACUGGAACCUUCCUUGCUAAGGUAGCUCGUCCCAAGAAGAGAGGGGAGACGGUGAAGUUCAGUCAACAUGCUGUUGUGUCUAAUUACGAGGGGCGGCCAUGCCUUAUGAUCCGAGUGGCCAACAUGCGCAAAAGCCUCUUGUUAGGAUGCCAGGUGACGGGGAAGUUGCUUCAGACGUCCCUGACAAAGGAGGGCGAGACGGUGCGGCUGGACCAGCGCAAUGUGCCUUUCCAGGUGGACACGUCCAGCGACAGCCCCUUCCUUAUCAUCCCCCUGACUUUCUACCACAUCAUUGACGAAAACAGCCCCCUCAGGGCCUGGGCAACAAAAGACCCAGAGCUGGCCGACUUCGAGCUGCUGGUGAUCAUGAGUGCCACAGUCGAGCCGACCUCCGCUACCUGCCAGGUUCGAACGUCCUACCUUCCAGACGAGAUCCUCUGGGGCUACGAGUUCCCCCCUGUAGUCUCCCUCUCUCCCUCAGGAAAAUACGUGGCAGAUUUUGCCUUUUUCGACAAAGUGGCCAAACCCAAAACCCCACCUCUUUUUCAAGCAAGCCCUGCCCCCGAGUCCGCCAUCGCAGGCGUCCCGUCGCCACGGGUAGCAAGGAGGAUGGGAUGGGACCCUGAGAAGAUGCGGCUGGAGGAGAGCUACAGGGGGGAAGAGAGGGGCCGAGAGCGGGGGCGGAUCAGAGAUAGCAGCCCACUGAGUGUACGGAUCAGUAAUGUUUGAAGAAGAGGUUUUAGAAAGCUGAUGUGAAACUGAGAUGAGAUGAUACAUACACAGGAAGAAAACAUGAACGCUGCUCACCAGAGGAAGAAAAAAACUACAGAAAAACACCCUCUCUCCAGUUGUGCACACCGGAACACUGCACACAUUUGAACUACAUACUGAAAACCUGGGUUCCAUUUCCGUGCAACAGCUCUAGUGCUUCUUUAACCACAAACAGUCAACAAGCUGCAAACAAACUCCAUAGUGAGGAAAGCCACAAACCCAACAACACACAUGUUGCAAAGGCAAAAUGCAACAACACCGUGUCAACUUGUCUUCUGAACAAGAUUCAAUUUUUAUGUUUGGAUUGGACUUCAUUUACUGCAAACACUAAAAAAUCUUCAUCUUUUGAGGUUUGUUUGUCCAUGUUUAGGCUGCAAGUAACUAAAACCUGAGUUUUUCACCUUGAUAUGAGAAACAAGACAGCAACAGAAAACCAGGUUAAAUAUUCUGAUCUGUUAUUUUUAAGCUAUUUUAAGAAGCAGGAGCUUAAUCAUGGACAGACUGACCUGAUAAGAUGAAUUUUGCAGUGCAGUUGAACUUCCGUUAUGGGUGGUACUCACUGAAUCAAAGUACUGUUUUCCUUUUUUAUUACCAUGGAAGACCUCCAGUGGUUUGGGGGAAAAUACUGGAACCAUAUUAUUUUUUAACAAGAACAUUUAAGGAAUGUAUCAUAAUUGAUGUACCUGAUAGUUUCUAACAACACUGUUACAUGAUGCUCCAGGACAUAUUGUGCUCUUUGAUAUGAAUGUCUUUUCUUGUUUAUGUGGGUUUAUGAUUGAUAGUAAUAUUACUAAAAGCACUUUAACUUGAAAAAAAAAGUGGCAUUUCACAUAUGAGAAUAACUGAACUAACUUUGAUACCUAAUGCACUGUAAUACAUGAUUAAACCUUGAUGCUAUGUUGGCUUGAAAAUGGGUAAUUUUGUGAAUAUUGUAAUACUGUUAAAAUGAACACGUGUGUGUAUGUGUGUUAAGUACCUCUGUACAGUGUAUAAAAUAUUUUUCCUACAUUCUUCAUGUUUUGAAACAGCUCUGCAUUUCAGUGUUCAGUUUUACUGAUUUCAUGCACAAUGUUUUGAAGUGUGCUUCAUACUGUGGUUCGAGAAGUAUCUGUGGAUUCUACCCAUACAUGAGUAAUCAGUCCUCUUGCAUCAGUUGAGAACAUAUAAGUGGAUGAUAAUUGCAUGUAUUUUUUUUACCCUACACAGACACUUUAAAUAAAUUUAAAUCAUGGUACUUGCACAAUAAGGGCAUUAAAAUUAAUUCGAGAGUAAAUUAAAGAAUUAAAAUUUGAAGUAAAGGAAAUUUGGAGCAUGCUAUUAAAAAUCAGUAAUAUAUUUUAUAUCACAUGAUCUCCUUUGUAUUUGUAAUACAAUAUAAAGUGCCACUAUUAAAGUUAAAUUCAGGAGCCGAAUAUACAAUAAAAAAUAUAAAUUAACACAAAAUAUUUCAUCACCAAUGCCUGCUUAGAAACUGUGCUUGUUUAUACUGCAAAGCCUUCUGUAUACUGUAUAUGGUUCAAUCAUCAAACUGGAAGCUCUCUGGUCUAACUUUUGAAGUAAGCACUUUUUAAGUGUCAU